AAAAAAAAUGCGUACAGAGGAUCAGCGGAUAAAAUCUACAAAACGGAAUAAUUAUAACUGAAUCAUUAUUAUCUUCAUUUGAACAUAAAAAACCUUGUCCGGAGUUCUUCUUUAUCGUUGAUCUUAUAACUGGCACCAAUCAAUAUGGAACAUAUUGAGACUGUUAAAUGGAACGUUUUAGAACGGUUCUCCAAAGUUGCUCGUUUUUCUCGCGAUACUGCCGCAAAUAUACUUGAGCAUCCAUUAGCACGCCCUAUCGUACCGCACCUUCCUCCUGGAGUUAAUAAUCUUCUACAAUCGGAUCCUACAGUUGAAGAAUAUGAUGCAGGAAGACUUUAUCUGGCGAAAUGGGCUUUAAAUGUUGCCGAGCAAGCUGAGGAUGCGGCUAGAUUAGAACAUCCAGAUCAACUUUUAUCAAAUAAUUGGAGAAAACGUUGGUCUGAUACAGAACUUAAGCCCUGGGAGGAAGAGACAGAGGUGGGGACUUUUGAAGUUCUGAGCGGCGAUUCAACAUUACCGCCAUUGCAUGCUAGUCGCUCUGAACCUCUUAAUGCUGAAAAAUGGUUUUCUUUUUUUGAUGAUGCAGAAGGAAGACUUAGGGUAGAAAUAAGUGAAGUACGAGAGGCAGUAUUUCGAGGUGGAGUGGAAGAUGACAUUAGAAUUGAAGUAUGGAAAUUUUUCUUAGGUAUUUAUCCAUGGGAUUCAAGUCGAGUAGAAAGAGAUAGUAUAUUGGAAGCUAAGAAAAAAGAAUAUUUGGAUUUGAAAAGAGAGUGGUGGGAUGAUCCUGAAGUACAAUCUAGUAGUAACUAUAAAGAACAGAAAUGUAGAAUAGAGAAGGAUGUGAUUCGGACUGAUCGCACCAUAUCAUUUUUUGCUGUUGAAGAUAUUCCUCAUCCUGAUCCAUUAUCAUCAGCAUCUUCAACCCUUACAAACAAUCAUCUUGAAUCCAUGAAGGCUAUUUUGAUGACUUAUAAUUUUUAUAAAAAAGAUCUCGGAUAUGUCCAAGGUAUGAGUGACUUAUUGGCACCAGUGUAUGUCGUAAUGCGUGACGAAAUUACAGCAUUUUGGGCUUUCGUGGGAUUUAUGAACCGUGUGGAAUCAAAUUUCUAUAGAGAUCAAGUUAGCAUGAGAAAACAACUUUUAACACUUGAUCAUUUAAUUCAAUUUAUGGAUCCUCGCCUAUAUAAACACCUUCAAAAAACAGAAUCAUUAAAUCUAUUUUUCUGUUUCCGCUGGAUACUUAUUUGGUUCAAAAGGGAGUUCAAAUGGGACGAUGUACUUUAUUUAUGGGAAGUACUUUGGACCGAUUAUUUAAGUCCCCAAUUUCAUCUAUUUUUUGCCUUAGCCAUUUUAGAUAAACAUCGGGACAUAAUAAUGGAAAAUUUAAACCAGUUUGAUGAAAUAUUAAAGUAUGUAAAUGAACUUUCUAUGAAUAUUCGUCUUGACGAAACAUUACUACGAGCCGAGACCCUUUUUCUUCAGUUUCAACGAAUGGUUAAUGCUAUUGAUAGAAAGAGAUUAGAAAAUACGAAAGAAACUUCCGAAGGAGUUAGAAGAAGAAAAGGCAAAGACCCUGCAAGUGAUGAAGAAGGGGAGACUUCUAGUUCAUCUAAUACGACUACAGCAAAAUUACCUGUAGUAAGCGAUCUGUUAAGAGAGCUACUUAAUAAUGAAUCUUCUCAGUUUUAAAGGAUUUUUUUUUUUCCUCAUUAGACUAAUAAAAUGUAAUAUAAUUAAUUAUUAAGGACUUAGUCACAUUAUUUUGAAUAAAAAAUUU